UAACCCGGCGGUCCAUUAUGGACUUGAUUCCACCUUUUUCCAGCAAUCUUACAAACUGCAUCCAUCCAUUAUGUCAGGGUGGAACUGGAGUGAGAGGUGGGGUUCAUCCAGAGACGUAGAUGAAUAUAAAAAUAUGAACUCAAGCUGUGCUGGAGAUCUUCAGUCUUUACACAGACCUGUCCACCAGGUGUCAGUGUGAGGACAGAGGAAGAAGAAGAAGAGCUUACUGUCUGUUACAUAACUGCAGAUCAGUGAAUGUUAGCACCUGUAAUGACAAAUAAAUAAAUCAAAUAAUGAUUAUUAGAACAUUAAAACACACAGUUCACAGGACAGAUCAGCAGUUUUUACACGAUCAAACAAUAAAAACUGAUUAAAAGUGACAUUUUUCAUUGUUGUUGUUGUUGCUGAUGGAGAAAUUGCUGAGUGUCUCUGGGCUCGGUGCCAGAGGGAUGCAGAGGGGUGGUGCAGGAUGGAUGGAUGGAUGGAUGGAUGGAGUGUAGAGGGGUGGAUGGGGGGUGCACAGAUGCCAUGUGCCUUUUACAUAACAGCAUCAUCAUCAUCAUCAUCAUCCCUCAGCUGUGUGUGCCGCAUUGCCCCGAGCCUGCAGGGGGGUGGAGGAGGUGCGGGGUGGUGACGCACGCAGGGUGUGCGUGAAUCCGCGUGAAUCCGCGUGCAUGUUUGUCUCCACUGCAUCAAAAUAAACGUGCAUUAAAAAAAAAAAAAACAGAAAGAGGAGGUUUGUUUAUUAGCUCUACCUGUCGCCGUCCGGUAGGCGGUGUUAAUAACAGAGGGGUGUGUUUGUUUGUGUGGGGGGAGGUGGGCGGAGCCCGCUCGGACAUGAGUAAAUGACGUCAGCCCGCAGGUCGCCCUGAGCAGUGAAACAAACAUGGCGACAGAAUGGAGCGGGCAGCAGGGUUACAUCCUCACCGUCAUCAUCUUCCUGUGGAGCGCCGUCGGCGGGCGCACGGAGACGGCGGCCGGAGUGAGCGGGGGAGCCGGCGGCGGCGGCGGCAGCGGCGGCGGUGCCGGUGCUGGUGGUGGUGGAGCCGCCGGUGCUGGCCGGGGCAGCGGCGGGAGCCAGGUGCUCGGCAUGCGGUUAGAGAGGAGCGACAAGCCGGCGAGCACCACUGACGACGGUGUCAUCCAGGUGACCGAGGAGAGCUCCGUGCAGCUCCGGUUCUACGGGGUGCAGCUCCACUCGGGCGCCUGGACGCAGAUCCGCUUCACGGAGCUCACAGACGGAGGAGGAGGAGGAGGAGGUGAAGCGGAGGAUGAGGAGGCGGCGGCGGCUAGAGGAGGUGGAGGAGGAGGCAGCGGCAUGAUGGAGGCUCCCGACAGGACUUGUGUUGAUUUCACCAAGGACAUCAUCGUCGGGAGCUUCAUGAACGUCAGCAGCCGCGGCACGUCGGGGCUCCUCACCGUGCACGUCAAGCCGCUCCGCAAGAGCGAGCCGCAGAAGGAGUACGCCCUGUGCACGCCGGGCAGCGGCGGAGGGUGGGUGCUGCUGGGGGACAGCGAUGGCCGGAUGCUGGUGGUGGAGGAGAAGAAGUCCCUGCUGCCCCUGUGGCUGCAGGUCAUCCUCAUCUGCUGCCUGCUGGUGCUCUCGGGCAUGUUCAGCGGGUUGAACCUCGGGCUGAUGGCGUUGGACCCCAUGGAGCUCCGCAUCGUCCAGAGCUGCGGCACCGACAAGGAGAAGAAAGACGCCCGGAAGAUCGAACCCAUCCGCAGCAAAGGGAACUACCUCCUCUGCUCUUUGCUCCUGGGGAACGUCUUGGUGAACACCACCCUCACCAUCCUCCUGGAUGAUCUGAUCGGGUCGGGGUUGGGCGCCGUGGUGGCCUCCACCGUUGGGAUCGUCAUCUUCGGCGAGAUCGUCCCCCAGGCGCUGUGCUCCCGUCACGGGCUGGCCGUGGGCGCCAACACCAUCGUGUUGACCAAGUUCUUCAUGUUGCUCACCUUCCCGUUGUCGUUCCCCGUCAGCAAGCUGCUGGACGUCCUGCUGGGUCAGGAGAUCGGCACCGUCUACAACCGGGAGAAGCUGGUGGAGAUGCUGAAGGUGACGGAGCCGUACAACGACCUGGUGAAGGAGGAGUUGAACAUGAUCCAGGGUGCCCUGGAGCUCAGGACCAAAACCGUGGAGGACGUGAUGACCCCUCUGGGGAACUGCUUCAUGAUCCAGGCGGACGCCGUGCUGGACUUCAACACCAUGUCUGAGAUCAUGGAGAGCGGCUACACCCGUAUCCCGGUGUACGACGACGAGAGGUCCAACAUCGUGGACAUCCUGUACGUGAAGGAUCUGGCCUUCGUGGACCCGGACGACUGCACCACUUUGAAGACCAUCACCAAGUUCUACAACCACCCGGUGCACUUCGUGUUCCACGACACGAAGCUGGACGCCAUGCUGGAGGAGUUCAAGAAAGGUAAAUCCCACCUGGCCAUCGUCCAGAAAGUCAACAACGAAGGGGAGGGAGAUCCUUUCUACGAGGUGCUGGGAUUGGUCACUCUAGAGGACGUCAUCGAGGAGAUCAUCAAGUCAGAGAUCCUGGAUGAGUCUGACCUUUACACUGACAACAGAAACAGGAAAAAGGUCGACCCUAAUAAAAACAAGCCCGACUUCUCGGCCUUCAAGAGCGACGCCGACAAUAAAGUGAAGAUCUCUCCUCAGCUCAUGCUGGCGGCUCAUCGUUUCCUGGCUACAGAGGUGACCCUGUUCAGCCCGUUCCAGAUCACGGAGAGAGUCCUGCUGAGGAUCCUCAGACACCCGGACGUUAUCCAGGAUCUCAAGUUCAACGACAGCGACAAACGUUCGCCGCAGCACUUCCUCUACCAGAGAGGAAAACCCGUCGACUACUUCGCCCUCAUCCUGCAGGGACGGGUGGAGGUUGAAGCCGGAAAUGAAAACAUGAAAUUUGAAACCGGUCCGUUCUCGUACUACGGAGUCAUGGCACUGAGCUCGCCAUCACUGGCCGUCACCCCUCCUCUCUCCCCAUCAGUGGCGUCUCCCCCUCCGCGGCGCCUCUCUCUUAAGAGGUUUUCUCUGUUCUCUCGUUUCCCAGAGUUUCGCUCUCCGUCGCACGGCGGCAACCUCAACCGCUCCGCGUCUCUGAGCUGCACUGAGCGCGCUCCAGAAAGCGGCUCCGUCACCGGCAGCGUCACUCAGAUCCCGGGCACCCCCUUCCAGUACAUACCGGACUUCUGCGUACGCGCUCUCACGGACCUGCAGUUCGUCAAGAUCACUCGUGCUCAGUACCAGAACGGUCUCCUGGCCUCCAGGCUGGACAGCAUGCCACAGUCCCCAGAAGGCAGCCACACCCGUCUGGACACAACCAACUUUUUGCCCUCCGUGUCGCCACCGGGGACCCGCAAUCCACUGCCGCUGGCCACACCUCCAGCAAGACGCCAGCCGUCCACCACUCAGCCGCCACCGCCGGCGGGCAGCCGCACUGGUGCUUCGUCCCAGACCACCACCACCUCCUUCUCCGGCCGCAGACCGAGCCAGUCUCUGCCCCAAGCCGUCCCGCCUCAGAGCAACCACGCCGCCCUCCCCCUAACCUCUCCAUCGACCUUUAACCCCCACUCAACUCAAACCUCCUCCCUCGCCUCCAAGCCCCAGCAGUCGCCGACUUCUGCCGGGCCGGAGAACGGGCCGGGGGAGACCACCACUCUGCUCAGUGAGCAGCAGAACUGUGUGGGCCCGCGUAGGCCCAGCCACACCCAAUCACACGUUCACACCAUCAGUCACGCACACACUGAAAGCACCAUCUAACCAACGUACAUAACACACACCCUCGCACUUCUUCUUCUUCUUCUUCUUGUUCCUGUUUGCUCGUUGUCUCCCGAAGUGCAGAUGUGCAGAGGAUCAGCACAUUUGUGUAUUUUGUAAACAGAGAUCCUCCUCCAUCCCGUCCUGCAUGUUCCCGUCCCGACACUGUAACAGAUGGAGAAUGGACUGAACAGGGAACACUGAGUGAGCGUGGUUAGAAAUGUAGACGGGUUGUGUGUGUGUGUGUGUGUUUGUUUGUGUGUGUGUGUUUGUGUGUGAUCAGUUCACCCAUGUCACAAAAAGACUGCGGUGGUUUUAGUUUUAUCUGUCCGGGUGGUUUUGAGAUUUCUGCCUUCAGCUCAGCGAACGUGUCUUUACAGAAAACAAUAUUCCAACUAAUGGACCAUGAAAGAGAGACAGCUAAUGCUAGCUAUGCAAGCUGUUUGUGAAAGUGACACAGUUAAUGCUAGCUGGGGUCUCUCCUCUUGAAAAGGAGUUAGCUAAGGCUAGCUGAACCCUUUCCGCGUGAAAGAGAGACCGCUAAUGAUAGUUAGAGACAGUUAAUGCUAGCUGGGGUCUCUCUUCUUGAAAAGGAGUUGGCUAAGGCUAGCUGAACCCUUUCCGUAUGAAAGAGAGACAGUUAAUGCUAGCUGGACCCUCUUCUUGUAAAAGAGAGACAGCUAAUACUAGCUAUGCAAGCUGUUUGUGAAAGAGAGACAGUUAAUGCUAGCUGGGCUCUCUCCUCUUGAAAAGGAGUUAGCUAAGGCUAGCUGAACCCUUUCCGUGUGAAAGAGAGACAGUUAAUGCUAGCUGGGCUCUCUUCUCUUGAAAAGAAGUUAGCUUAAGGCUAGCUGAACCCUUUCCAUGUGAAAGAGAGACCGUUAAUGUUAGCUAGAGAGUGAGAGAGCUAAUACUAGCUGGGCUCUCUUCUCUUGAAAAGAAGUUAGCUUAAGGCUAGCUGAACCCUUUCCGUGUGAAAGAGAGACCGCUAAUGAUAGCUAGAGACAGUAAAUGCUAGCUGGGCUCUCUCCUCUUGAAAAGGAGUUAGCUAAGGCUAGCUGAACCCUUUCCGUGUGAAAGAGAGACAGUUAAUGCUAGCUGGGCUCUCUUCUCUUGAAAAGAAGUUAGCUUAAGGCUAGCUGAACCCUUUCCGUGUGAAAGAGAGACCGUUAAUGUUAGCUAGAGAGUGAGAGAGCUAAUACUAGCUGGGCUCUCUUCUCUUGAAAAGAAGUUAGCUUAAGGCUAGCUGAACCCUUUCCAUGUGAAAGAGAGACCGUUAAUGUUAGCUAGAGAGUGAGAGAGCUAAUACUAGCUGGGCUCUCUUCUCUUGAAAAGAAGUUAGCUUAAGGCUAGCUGAACCCUUUCCGUGUGAAAGAGAGACCGCUAAUGAUAGCUAGAGACAGUAAAUGCUAGCUGGGCUCUCUCCUCUUGAAAAGGAGUUAGCUAAGGCUAGCUGAACCCUUUCCGUGUGAAAGAGAGACAGUUAAUGCUAGCUGGGCUCUCUUCUCUUGAAAAGAAGUUAGCUUAAGGCUAGCUGAACCCUUUCCGUGUGAAAGAGAGACAGUUAAUGCUAGCUGGACCCUCUUCUUGUAAAAGAGAGACAGCUAAUACUAGCUACGCAAGCUGUUUGUGAAAGUGAGACAGAUAAUGCUAGCUGGGCUCUCUCCUCUUGAAAAGGAAUUAGCUAAGGCUAGCUGAACCCUUUCUGUGUGAAAGAGAGACCGCUAAUGAUAGCUAGAGAGAGAGAGAGCUAAUGCUAAUUGGGCUCUCAUGAAAAGGAGUUAGCUAAGGCUAGCUGAACCCUCUCCUUAUGGAAGAGAGACAGCUUGUUUUAAAAGGGAAAAUCAUUGUGUACUAAGUACUACUACAGUACUACUACAGUACUACUGUACUGGUUCUUUAGCCUGUAGCGCACAGUUAGAAAUGUAAAUUUUCAACGUUUUAAGCAACACAAACAAAAUUAUAUCUCAAAAUCUCUGCACGUUAAACAGAAACUACUCGCAAGUUUUUUUGUAAUUCACGUGAACCGACCCUUUUUAAGUCAUCACUGGUAAGACAUUAACAUAAAACACAUCAGUGCUUUAAGGCUACUGUUAAAGAGGAGUCAGUUUAGUUGCUUUUAUUUAGUUUCUAUUUAUUUUUCCCAAAGAGUGAAACUUCCAAAAAAAACUAUACAAGUUAACUUGUAUUUUCAUUUUUUUCAAUAAGUAUGAUUUUAGUCAGGUCUUGUUCAAGUGUGUUGUUCGCACUUUAGAUGGCUUUUAUUACGAAUGAAUCAGUGUGUCUGUGCUGAGCUGUCAGUGAAUCAAUUCAAAAACCAGCAAACGGACCAGAUUCACUGUACUGAGUCAAAGUUUAAACAACCAUACCGGUGAUUUUGUUGGGGAUGUUUUCGUAGUUAAGAGGCUAAGACAAAAAUCACAGUAUGGUCCUUUUAAGUUAAUGUUACUAGUGAUGUGAAGGUGGGUGUCUUCCUCGCCUACCUCCUGACCUCUUAUUUAAUUUCCAAGAGUGAUAUUAUGAUAUUUAUUUUACGUUAUAUUGAUUUAAAUUGUUUUAUAUUUUAGAGAUUUUAUUUAUUAUUUGCUUUCUUUGGUUGAAGGACGAGCUGCAGAUGACACUAAACUGCACAUUUAUCGUGAACAGCUUCCACUAAAUACUCUGUAUACACUGUGAAUAGAGUCAGCAGCUCCUUCUCGAAGCUUCUUCACGACGUCAAGACACGAAACGGGAUCUGAAGUUGUUGUAACACUGUGGAUUAAUGUCGGAAGUUACUGUGGGUUUCUUUAAUUUUUAUUUAUUUCCACUGACACGAAGACCAAAUACCCAAAGAAACGGGUAGCUUAGCUUACAGUUUUCAGCACAGUUAGCGUUUCUACAUCUUCUCUGCACAAAAUGUCUGACGCCAGAGCUACGAGGCAGAACCACAGAUUCUAUAAAGAAUGGACGGCUAACGUAACGUGAGCUAACGUAACGUGAGCUAACCUAAACAAAAGGCUAGCUUGAAAGAAUAUUAAAGUUUGACAUUUUGAGGAAAUUGUCUUUCUUGCCAAGAGUUGUAUGAGAAGAUUAGUACGACUCUGUUAAUUAAAAAUGAGGCUAUGGCAGUUAGUCUCAGCAGCGUCCCAGAAGCGGCUAAUCUUCGUAAAUUUCAACAGAGCACCA